AUGUCAUCUGACGGAGAAGGGCCGGCGAACCGAAGUGGCGGGUUGAAGAACGGAGGUGGCGGCGCAGGCAGCCUGAUAGAGCCGGACACGUUCUGGGAUCUGAUCGAUAAUCUACUACUGUACUCAACGCGGGACGAGACGCGACGCCGUCGCCACAACGUCGCCUUGUCCGCCCUCUGCCGCGGGUACGCUCUCCCGCAAGUACACAGGGCGCAACAACAGAUCGGACCUGUAAAAACGAUACCAGCAACAGAACCAGAGCGCUCGGAGUCAGGCAUCACUAAUUUCAAACCGUUUAUCAGUAAGAGAGCUACGUCCCAUUUUAGAAAAACAAAAAAGAACAAACAUAAAUACACUGAAUCUGAGCAAUGCAGUCUGAAAGAUACAACAGACGAGGGGAAGGAACAAUCAACAGACGAGGGGAAGGAACAAUCAACAGACGAGGGGAAGGAACAAUCAAUCGAUAAGGCCAAACAAACAGUAGACGAUACACCCAAGUCUCAGAGUGAAUGUAACGUGAAGGAUCUAGAUGUGGUAUUUGUGAAGAAUAUCAAUAUUCCAGCGUCUGAGAGGCUCUGGAGAUUUGCCAUCCGCAACCGGAAGAAGCAAGAGAAUAUGGCUGCGACAAUCGAAGAGGCGGAAGAGUGUGCCAACAAGCCUUUAAAGAUACCAAACGCUCGCAGUAAUGAAGCUAUUUUCCAAGGUCUCCAAAAACGACUUAAAGCAGCGAAGCGUGACGAAAAUGCUGCAAAUGAUAAACACGCUAAGAAAUCAAAGGGAUCUAAGAAGAAACACAAACAUGUCAAACGCCAUAAAUGUCGCAAGAGCGCUGAUGCACGAUCAAGACGACAACAGUUUGAGCCGAAGUUAUCUCCUCUAGUAAAGAAAGUGCAUUCAGAACCAGCUGCGUCCAAAAAAAACACUUCCAAUAAAAUCAAAAUUACAAGCGUCCUACAACAGAAAGUUGACCAAUCGUUCAACCGCAACGACCAUAGCAAGGAACAAGUCAGCAGCUUGCUCGUGACGAGAGAGAUGGACAAUGGCGACAGUGGCUUCACGAUCAACUCAACGAGUGACACCGCGAGCCGCCUGUUACCAACGGAAGCUUACGAUGCCAAGAAGGCGCAAUAUGACAGUGUGUUGCGGAAGCGGCUUAACUGUGGCAGUCAGCUGGAUACUCUCAAUCACGAGAUAGUUAACAAGCGACUAAACCCGCGGACGACCCUCAACCGGGAGACGACCCGGAAGUACGCGGAGCUGAAGACAGAGUAUCUGCGCUUCUGCUACCAGGAGUCCGCCCUCCGUCAGCAGAUAGCCAUAAUACAGGCAGAGAUAUACAUGAUGCAGAACAAGAGGUUCCACAAAAAGGCAAUAUCAGUUAAGACAAUGACGCUUGAUCCGACGACAGCUUUCUCUCGCGGUAUACGAGAAGAGACAUCAGAGACUACGCCACUCUGA